UAUGAACGAGAGUUAUGAUAACUUUCUUAUCGUGUUCUUUCUGAGCCGGCAGACCCCACUGUUACGCCUUGAAUAUGGCUUCUCGCCGUGGAGUGGGCCUCUCGGCCUUCUCCAACGAGGCCAUUAAAGAUGCUUAUGCCAACUACGGCUCUUCAAUCCAAGCACAGCAUCUUGAUUCUCUUCAGACUCAGCUAUCAGUCUUCCAGCAACUUCUCCACAACUUCAGCAUAACUCAUGGCAAGGACAUCCGAAGCAACCCCACUUUUCGCGCUGAAUUUGCACGUAUGUGUAACGCUAUCGGCGUGGACCCUUUAGCGUCAUCGCACACCAGCAAAGGCGCCAAGGGCGGGGGCAGUAUAUGGUCUCAGAUGCUCGGCGGUAGCGUAAAUGACUUUUAUUUUGAGCUAGCCGUGCGAGUUGUAGAGGUCUGCAGGGAGACAAGGGCUGAGAAUGGAGGGAUGAUGGCAGUGUCUGAGGUGAAGAAAAGAAUUCAACAAGGAAAGGCUAUUGGUGGUGGCAUGGAGGUAUCGGAUGAUGACAUACACCGCGCGGUCAAAUCUUUGGAACCUCUUGCUUCCGGUUUCAAGAUUAUUCAGAUUGGAAGCACAAAAAUGAUCCGAUCUGUUCCCAAGGAGCUUAAUAAUGACCAGUCGACCGUUCUCGAAGUUAUUCAGGUUCUUGGCUACGUAACUAUAUCAAUGUUACGGGAUAAUCUCUCGUGGGAAAAAGGAAGGGCAACCGCAGUAGUUGACGACCUGAUGGCCGACUCUCUCGUUUGGGUUGACCUUCAGGCUGAAGAGCCUGAAUAUUGGUCGCCUAGUUUUAUAUCAGGCGCAGGAUGAAGCUUAUUUGAGUAUUUGAUUUCAUGUAGAACUUACCGGCUUCUUCGGGACCGAAGGAAGGAGAAUAUCCGACGAAUGCGACUACCAUGUUGAACAAAGAGCGUGCAUUACUGCCGCUCUGCUACAUAGCCCUUUGAAAUCCUUAAGUGUCAGAUAUUACGUGAUCUGGCGUAAGGUUGCAGUCGAGCAUUGCAAUCGAGCAACAAAGGCAAACAAAGCGGAGAUGGAGAAACAUGGACCAUAUGUCAAAAGCCGUUCAUAGGGCAAGGUGCAGAACUAUGAUACUCUAUAUGACCGUGGAGAAAUUUACGAAGAAAUGUUCAUGGCUAUCAUUGGAUUGCAGUCUUCAAAGAAUGGGCGAUGAUGAUUGACAAUAUAAUGGUAGCUACCAUCCAGAACGCGAACUCUUCGUGGAUUUUGAAACGUUGAAGUGUUCAAAAGCUUGGAUCCAAUAGUAGGAAAUAAAAAUGCACAUGGCCGAGAUUGCUCCAUGUAGUCGUAUGGAUGCUUCACCACAACGAACAAAGCCAAAAAUCGCCUACACAUAAUCAUUUCUCCACAAUACUUCACGCAGCCAGUCUUUCG